UACGUAGUUCCGGGUCAAAGGUCGUGCUAGCUUCCAGUCUGUGGACCCACGUGUUUCUACAUGGUUGUCCAUGCCUGCCUGGAGUUAUAUAGUAAUGUAUAACAGCCCGUCUGCUUUUUAACUGUUGUAAAUAGACAAGAUCCAAGCAUGUCAGCUAAACAGAAACUGAGGGACGUGUCCUCAUCGAGUAGCGAAGAUGAUUCGGAAUCAGAGGUGGAAGAAAAUAAUAAAACGCAAUCAGAUUCAGAGAUCGAGGGCGAUCCCCAGGCGGAACCACAAACACGAACGCAGACGAAGUUUGAGUGCCCGGUGGAUUUCGUCUCCUGCGCGUACGAUACCUCCAGGAGUCUGUCUUUGGAGAAGCUGAACGGAAGCAACACAGAGCUGUGGCUGAUCAAAGCUCCAGCUAGCUUUAAACCAGAGAGCUUCUCUGGCAAGAAGGUUCCUCUGAUCGGAUAUGAGACUAUAGAAACUGGGAGCGCAGCGACCAGAAAGAUCUACAACGUGUUCAGCAGCCAGAAGGAGCUGGUAAACACUCACUUACUGGUGCAGGGAAAAGGCAAAGGCUCCGUGCUGUGCGGGCCGCUGAUCCAGGGUUACAUGAACGUGGGCGAGAGAUUCGGAGACUGCAACGGCACCGAGGGACCCAAAGCCAUCCCGGCAAGCCCGGCUCCACAAAUCCCAGCGGGACUCAAGCAGAGGUUUACCCCGUUCGGGAGCAGCACUCCCCCAAGUGCGGGGAGGAAGAGAAGCAGUGAAGGGGAGGCACUGUCUGCAUCUCCGGCGCUGGAUAAGAGGGUGAAAGUGGUCCCCAGCCAGGGGGAGCAGAGCACAAGGAAGGAGAAGAAGAAGAAGAAGAAGAAAGAUGAAGAGAUUGACGCGAGUCGAGUUUUAGAGUUUGAGACGUCGGGAAGCAGCGGAGAGGUGACUGAAAGGAAAAAGAAGAAAAAGAAGAAAGAUCGGGAAAGGAGAGAGGAGGAGGAGGAGGAGGAGGAGGAGAGAACAGAACUUGAGAUGGAAAUUAAAGAGCCACCUGAGAUUAAAGAAGAAGUGUUUGAGCCAGAGUUUGGAGAGCAGGUGGACUCGGGGAGGAAGAAGAAGAAGAAAAAGAAAGAUCGAGAAAGGAGAGAAGAGGAGGAGAGAACAGAACUUGAGAUGGAAAUUAAAGAGCCACCUGAGAUUAAAGAAGAAGUGUUUGAGCCGGAGUUUGGAGAGCAGGUGGACUCCGGGAGGAAGAAGAAGAAGAAAAAGAAAGAUCGAGAAAGGAGAGAAGAGGAGGAGAGAACAGGACUUGAGGUGGAAAUGAAAGAAGAGCCACCUGAGAUUAAAGAAGAAGUGUUUGAGCCGGAGUUUGGAGAGCAGGUGUACUCAGGGAGGAAGAAGAAGAAGGACAAACACAGAUCUGACCGUUAGAUUGCAUGUGUGUGGGGUCCAGGAUCGGGGUCAAGUCCUUUUUCAAUUCCAAUUUCUUUAUUAUAAUCAAUUUCUAAUUCCCAUUCCCUUUUAAUCAAUUCCAACACACCAUUGCUCAAAAUUGCAAUAAGCAGUAUUCUGUUAAAAUGAGCUUCUCACCACAGUGGCAACAAAUGACUGAAGUCACUAUUUCUUCGUCAAUUAAAUUGGAUUCCAAGUGAAAGCAGUUGAACAGUCAUGACAAUUAUUGAGUCUCCUCAAUAUUAUUAUUAUUAUUUGUUUAUUUAGCAGACACUUUUAUCCAAGGCAACUUAGAGACUAGGGUGUGAGAACUAUGCAUCAGCUUCAGAGUCACUUACAACUAAGUCUCACCAGAAAGACGGAGCACAAGGAGGUUAAGUGACUUGAUCAGGGUCACACAUUGAGUCCGUGGCUGAGGUGGGAUUUGAACCGGGGACCUCCUGGUUACAAGCCCUUUUCUUUAACUACUGGACCACACAGCCUCCAAAUAUGACUUCCAAUUGCUUCAAAGGAAUUGAGAAUUGAUUUUAGAAAGGAAUUGGAGAUGGAUUUGACCCCAAACCUGAUGAUGUAUUUUUAAAUGCAUGUCAAUUAUACAUACACAUAAAAUUUCAAAGCUGUAGCUGUUUAGCUUGAACAGGGUACAUGCACACAAGUUGACAUUGCAAUAGAAACUUGCGUAUACUAUUUGAGACUGAAAAAGACUUCUGGGGUGGGGGAGGGAACGCUUGUCUAAAUGCAAGUUUCUUUUUAGUAAGACUGGAAACCAUCGAUCUAUUACUUUGAGGACAGACUACUUUGUAAUCUGUUUUGUGUAACUGGAGAAUCGGCUCAAUUUUCCAACCUGUUAUUUUGUUUUCUUCCUUGAUCUAUUUUGUUAAGAUAACUUUCUCUGCAAAAUCCUUGAACAAAAACAGAUUUUAAACUUUUAACUUACUGGAAAGACCAUGCAGUGCCCGUUUGGUGCAACACAAACGCUCCAGUGCCCUCUGUACCAUAUUAGGUUUUUUAGCCAGGCUCAACACUAAGUCUGUAUUACUUUUGACUGUGUUCCUUGUGUACUAAGUUACAUGUGCAUAUGUUGAGUCCAGGGCCAUAAACGGUAUGUCAAACACAUGUAAUGUUGUUUAUUCUUUUGGCUAUUGUCUUUAUCCAGAGCGGCUUACAGGUGUCACAGGGCAGUACAGGGUUACAAUGCAAGCUUCAUAUUUAAAUACAGUAUAGUUUACAGUAAGUGCAAAUAAUACUACUAAAAUACAAUAUGAUGAACUAGGAUGCAACGUUAGGGUUACAGCAAAUUAGAUCUACAGUGACAUGUUAGCAGUGCAGUAGUGCAAGGAUAGCGCAUCAGCUGAGGAUCCAGUGACGUGGUGCAGAGGUCAGCCCAGUGCAGAGCUUGAGGACAUAGUGUGAGUUAUAGCUGUUUUUUUUAUGAAUAGAGAGCUCAUAGCUUAAUCCAGUCGAUUAUUAUUAAUUUCAUAAUCUAUAAUUCCUGGCAAUUAAGUGGAAAAUGCAUUUACCUUAUUAAACCAUGUUUUAUUCUAAAGAAAUGUGCUUGGCAGUAUUAAGAUCAAUACAAGUUUGCAGUUGACAGGCACUCAGUUGAGUGGGGUUUAAUGCAUUGUACAGUUUUGCAUCACCCUAUAGAAUAAACUAAUUUGGCUUGAAAUAAUGAAUAAUGUUUGUUUAAAUAUUGAAAUCUAACAUGAAAUACUAUACCACUGUAUAAUUUUGCAGUAUCUUCGAUUACAUGAAGCUGAAUAGAUUAUCUAAAUUAUGUUCAUAGUUUUUUUUUUUUUUUUUUACUUUUUACAAUGUCUCAAUCCUAAAAUUCUAGGUGAUGCAAAACUUACCUCUAACGUGCCUUAUGGGAAUCAGAGGGGGUCUUAAGAUCUGUAACACAGCAAAUUAAAUGGUUUUAUCUGAUUUAAAGUGGGGGCGAAAAUCCGAGGAAAAAAGGCACACAGCAAAACAGAAAAUUCUAAUAAUACGUAUUGUUUCUUUCCUAUGGAAAUAAAAUGGCGGAGUUUUUAUUAUUACAUCCGGCAGAUGGCGGUAUAGUACAGUAGAGGAGUCUCUUUCAGGGGGAGGGAGAGAGAAGCCGGGCACAGCGGCAGUGUUUGCCAACAUUGGUAACCGUGAAUUAAUUUAAAACGGUGACAUUCAAAAUUCAAUAGGGAGCCAAAACACCAUUGGAUAUAAACCUUCAAGCACGGCAGCGGACAGCUACUGCACUGCUUAUUAAAACAUAUAUAUUAAUGGAAAGCGUUUUGCUUGUUCUGUUUUAGUUGUGCAAAAAAUAAUUUGAUAGCACAACACUAUAAAAUUGUGUCAACAGCUAUAAACUAGAGAAAGUGUGAGACAGUCAGUUUGGAGAGGAAACAGUUUUCCAUAAGCAAACGAAAAACGAAUCAGUCUCCGUCUGGUAGAUAUUUGCAGCCCCGCAGAGAACCACGCGGUGUGAUCUUAGAUGACAAAUAGAUAAAAGACCCCCCCCCCCCCCCCCCCCCCCGGCCUUUAUUAACUGUGCAAUGCACUCUCAAAAUAACCACAGUCAUCCAGGGAAGUGUAAUGUCCUUAGCAUUGAUUUGCAAUACAUUCUGCAAAACCGCGUUGGUUCUUAAUGGAUAGGGUGCAAUUCAUUUGUUUGAAAUACUGCGUAUUACACUGUGCCUAGCAGAUGUACAGAUCACAGUAACCAAGUUACAGGAAACCCGGAAAAAUGUUGUACAGUUUUUUUUUUUUUUUUUUACUGUUUCAAACAAAUAGUACUGUGUUACACAUUAAUUAUUUAUUAUAAAACGCUAGGUGGGGGUCGGUACUUUUAAAACUGUUAUUUACUAGUGGGCAAUGAAUGUGUAUUAAUUUCUUGGAAGUCUUCUUGGUUUGCAACUUAUGCUUUGAUUUUAAUAAACAAACAAGAACAUGCAAUUUACUGUGUCUGUGUGUGUGUGUGUGUGUGUGUGUGUGUAGAGAGAGAGAGAGAGAGGAUAUAGAUAUAUAUAUAUAUAUAUAUAGAUAGAUAGAUAGAUAUCUUUUAGGUAGCCAAUUGUAACCUCAAUAUCAUAAGCUGAAAAUAGGCUGAAGAGCCAACGCCUACAAAAGGGUUGCAUUUUCAAGGUAAGAUAUUUUUAAAACUGUCCCAAAAUAUAUUAGGUGUCGCCUAUAAAUCCCCCCCCCCCCUGCGCAGCGACCUCUAGGUGACCUAGAUUGCUAAAGUAAAAUAAUCGCAUGAGUAUAAAUCUUAUUGAAGGCUCGUCUGCACCACCCCGGGAGGAAAAUGGAAGCAUAUUUAGGUUAACGACCCAAAUUGCCGAUGCUGUCUGUAAUUUUAAAACCGCACUUGCUUAUAUCAUUCGUGUUGUACUCCUAGACUAGCGGUGCAUUUUGAAUUCCAGCGUACGUGCGACCAAUAUCAAUAAAUAAGUAGUGCGACCACCAUUUAUUUAUUUAUUAUAUUUCUCUCUCUCUCUCUCUCUCUCUCUCUCUCUCUCUCUCUCUCUCUCUCUCUCU